AUGCAAACAAAAAACACUAGAAAAAACGAUAGAAUUGUAGUCCAGACAGAGCAAUCAAUGGAUUUCAAUCUUGAAAACCCAUUAACAAAUUCUCAUGACCUUCACUCUGACACCAUCCCUUCUCAUCUCUUUCUCAUUGAAUCUGAUCACAUGCCUUCAAAGAACUACUUAAACACCCUCAAAGAGAUAGACUUUGAUGUCUCUUUUAGAAGAGAAGCUAUCUCGUCAGUCUCAAGGGUUUCUUGCAACUUUGAUCCAUCCUUGUUCUACCUUGCUGUUAAUUACCUUGAUAGGUUCUUAUCAAGCCAAGGAAUUCCCCAACCACAGCCAUGGGUAUUCAGGCUUCUUGCAGUUAGUUGUGUUUCUCUAGCAGCCAAAAUGAAGGAAGCAGAAUUCCACAUCACUGAUAUCCAGGGUGAUGGUGGUUUCGUAUUUGACACACAAACAAUACAAAAAAUGGAGUUGCUUAUACUUGGGGCAUUGAAUUGGAGGAUGAGAUCAGUCACUCCGUUCUCUUUCAUAUCUUUCUUCUCUUCUUUGUUUAAACACAAAGACCCACCAUUGAGGCAGGCUCUUAAAGCUAGAGCCAGUGAAAUCAUCUUCAAAGCUCAAAAUGAUAUCAAUCUUUUGGAGUUCAAGCCUUCAUUAAUUGCUGCAUCAGCACUUCUCUAUGCUUCUCAUGAACUUUUCCCUAUGCAGUUUUUAUGCUUCAGAAAAGCCAUAUCCAACUGUUCAUUUGUAAAUAAGGAAAACUUGAUCCAAUGCUAUGAUGCAAUGCAAGAAUUAGCAAUGGAUGGUUAUAGGUCACAAUUUGAGAUGGUGUCAAGUUCUGAUACGCCAGUCGAUGUGCUUGGCCGGCGUUUUUCAAGCUCGGAAACAGCAGCAGCAAAAUCUGGCCAGAAAAAGAUAUCAAGAGAAGAAAGAUCAGUGCUUUCUGUAACAAUCAAACGGUUCAGCUUUCUCAGAUGCAACAACAGUGCUGAUAUGGGAAUUGAGUUUUUAUUUUCCUCUUUUGAAAUACUUAAAUCACUGGUCCAUUUGAGUGUGACACUAGCUGCUACAAAUAACAAGGAUGAAAAUGAAAGAAUGAAAGAAAAGACGGAAAAUGGAAUGAGAGUGAUUGGUUUAGAGACUUUGGAGUUGAGAGGUUGA